AUGGUACAAGCUGAAAACCAGGUUUGGUCAAUUUGUGGAGGCAGAGCUUCUAAUGUCAGUUUACUCAGGUUAUCAGAGAAAUCCACAGCGGAAGUGUGGAACAGACGUGCUGCAGAAAUGGGAGGAACUUCUGCCCUCACUGACAUAAGGAAUCCAGUUUGGAACCAGAAUAUGGUGUUUGUAAUAGCUGAGCCGUUUGAGGAACCUUUGAUCCUCACUGUGAUAAUAGCUGAGCCGUUUUCACGGAUCCUUACAACAACUGAUGCUUUCCGCCGAGGAUAA